AUGGAAUCAUUAGUACUGCUAUUAUUUGAAAAGCAUAAAGAAUUUGGGCCUAAUAUACUUCAAUAUAUACAUAAUAGUUUAUUAUAUAACUCACCGUUAUUGGAAUCUUUUAAAACACUUUUCAAUAUUUCCAGCCAACUACCCUUCAUUAAUUCUAAAAAGCAAGAAUUAAAGAAUGAUGUUAAAAAAUUUCUUUAUGAGCGGAUUAUUACUAUUUAUAUGAAGAGUAGACAAAAGUCAUGGCGAAGAUUUAAUAAUCUUAUACCCGAAAAGAGAACUUCAAGCCUUCGAGAGAAUUUUAAAUCCAUGCGCAAUAAUAUUCAAAGUUUGAAAAACAAAAAUACAUCAAUGAAAAAAUCCAAUAUUCCAAAAGACCCAUUGCUUGGAUUAGCACAACUUCAAAUAUGGGUGCAAUUGGAUAAUGCAGAAGAAUUGUUUUCAAAAACAUUUCUGGUGAUUGAAUUACAAUGGUUACUUUGGGCAUUUGGAGUUAAAUAA